GAGCCCCAAAGCUCAUCUGCAGCGAGAAGAGGCGCGAGGGGACGAGGGUACAGAGUCCGUAACAGCAGCUGCUUUAAGGGAAUAUGCUGGUGGGACAGGAAGGCUUUGAAAAAAUAAACUCUUUAGCGUAGCAGACACCCAUGCAUUAGCCAUGUUAUGGAAUUCUCCAGGGAUGCAUUUUUGGAGUGCAGUGCAUGGCUGCUGAGCUUAAGUUUACAGGAUGGAGAAAACUCCCUCACGACUUGAACUCCAACCGACUGAGAGGAUAAUCUGGAAUUUACUUUCAUAGUUUUUUUUUUUCUUAUUAUUUUAAAAUAUUUUUGUCUAGAUUUAUUUAGAAGUAUUUAAUUUUUUUCAUCAACUACAGCUCACCUUAAGUGAACUGGAACUCUCGUUGGUAUUUGGACAAGUGAGGACACACGCACAUACACACACGCACACGCACUCACACCCACACUCAUACACACACACACACACACCACCAUGCAUCUAGGCAGAGCACUUUUGUUUUUCCUCCUCCUCCUAAACAGCGUGACCAUGAUUUUCUCGCUGUCUACUUGCACCACUGUGGACAUUGACCACAUCAAGAGGAAGCGAGUGGAGGCCAUCCGGGGACAGAUCCUGAGCAAACUGCGACUGACAAGUCCACCGCAAGCUCUAGGUCCCAAUCAGGUCCCGUACCAGGUGUUGGCACUCUAUAACAGCACUAAAGAGCUGAUAGAGGAGCUGGGCAGGGACCGGCAGCAAAGCUGUGGCCAGGAUAACACAGAGACUGAGUACUACGCUAAAGAGAUACACAAAUUCAACAUGAUCCAAGGACCACCUGAAAACAAUGACCUGCCCUACUGUCCCAAAGGAAUAACAUCCAAAGUGUUUCGCUUUAAUGUUUCAUCCAUGGAGAAGAAUUCCACCAACCUGUUCCGAGCAGAAUUCCGCGCUCUGCGGGUGCCCAACUCCAGCGCCAAGAGGAACGAGCAGCGCAUUGAGCUCUAUCAGAUACUCCGACCCGAUGAGCACAUUGCGAAGCAGAGGUACAUUGGGGGCAAGAAUGUUCUGACCAAGGGAACGCCAGAGUGGGUCUCCUUUGAUGUCACAGAGACAGUGAGGGAGUGGCUCAUGUACAGAGAGACUAACCUUGGCCUGGAGAUCAGCGUGCACUGUCCCUGUCACACCUUCAACCCAAAUGGUGACAUCAUUGAAAACGUCAAUGAGGUGCUGGAAGUCAAAUUCAAAGGUAUGGAUCAGGAGUACGAUGAGAACCGCUGGGACCUGAGCCGACUGAAGAAGCAAAAGGAGCAGCUUCUACCCCACCUCAUCCUGAUGAUGCUGCCGCCCCAUCGCCUGGACGUCCCACCAACAUCCAGACGACGCAAAAGGGCACUGGACACCAACUACUGCUUCUCUAAUUAUGAGGAGAACUGCUGUGUUCGCCGGCUCUACAUUGAUUUCCGUCAGGAUUUGGGCUGGAGAUGGAUUCAUGAGCCUAAAGGAUACCACGCUAACUUCUGCUCAGGGCCAUGCCCAUACCUGCGCAGUGCUGACACCACUCACAGCACGUUGCUGAGCCUGUACAACACUCUGAACCCAGAGGCGUCAGCCUCACCCUGCUGCGUGCCACAGGAUCUAGAGCCUCUAACUAUCCUCUACUAUGUGGGACGAACACCCAAAGUCGAGCAACUUUCCAACAUGAUUGUCAAAUCUUGCAAGUGCAGCUGAGGGUUUCGGUAUGAGGGCAGCCCCACAGAGGUCCUAACACUUUGGUAAGAAGAGGGGGGGAGUGAGAGGGGCGAGAACUGGACUUAAAAAUACCUCUAUGUAUCCUUCUCACCCACUUUGAGGCCCUGGAGCAUGAUGCAUCAAAGCACUACAUCACCUAUGAGUUUUGUUUCAAGGUGGAUUUGCCACCAAAUGCUACUAUACCAACCCUCGGACCUCCACAUAGACCAUCUGAACUGGUUUUCCCCUGCAUUUUUUCUCUUUUUUUCUCUCCUUUCCUUGUUGCUUUUUUAGAAUUUUGAACUGUCUGUGCCUCCAUGCAACUUGUCUUGGGCAUUUCUGAACCAGUCGAAUCACUUAAAACGACAGUGCUUACUUAGUGACACAUGCAGAAGCUGCUUUAUCCAGGAUGACUCAGCAGCUGUGGUCAGGACACCAAGGACGACUGAUAAUGCCUACUGGAUAUAUUAAAAACAGACUUAAGAGUUCAUGAGCAUCGCCUGGCUGUUGCUAAGGUGAUCGGCAGGUUUUUCUUUUUCGUUUAAAUUGUAAAGCCUUGACGCACAGGAUUCAUCUAUGCUGAAAGUUGCGCUGUGGUCUUCACAGUUCCCUACUGUUCGUCUACAAGACAGGCUAACAGAUGCCAAUAAUCUUACAAAUAAUGUUAAUAACGAUACAGAUAUGCUGGAAAGAAACAUUUCUGAAAAAUGUUUUUUGUUUUGGUUGUUUACCUCCGUUACACAUUGGAAUCUUUUAGGGACAUGAAGCAGACAAUACAAUGUAAAAUGAUGUAUGACACUACAUGAAAUUUAAACUAGAUCACAAACUGUACAUGUUUUUUUUUUAACUGCUAUUACUCUUGAGAACACCUUUUUUUAUUAAAAAUAGUCUUGGACAAAUAAGACUGAAUUUGGAGAUUUUCUGUAACAGUAAUGCAAGACAAAGCAUGUAAGGUUCUCUCAUGCAGUUGUUGUAUAAUGGUGUAUUGAAAACAUACUGUAUUUAUUUCUGGAAUAUUUGGAAAACUGGAUCUGAUACAAGGUCAUGAAUGCAUUGAGUACUGUAAGGGUAGAUAUAGUGACUGUGGUUUUUCUUUGUAAGAUUCUGCGCAUUACUAUUUAUUUGAGCUCCAUACAGCCCUUUCAAAAUAUAGAUACCUGGAUCCUUUACUGUAA